AUGCCAUACAGCGCUAGCACAUCACGGGGAAAAUCAUCGGCGCCUGAUCCUCCCAGGACAAUUGGAGCCACUCCCGGCCAGUGGAUCCAGCUGACCAAUGAACACGUUGACCACCCACACGACAUCGGAGCUCAAGUCAUCAUCAUCACCGCCUACUUUUUUUCAAGCCAACAUCACGAACCCAACAAAACUACUGCCAUGAGUGCGCAAAUUCCUUGGCGGCGCUGCACCCACCGCAGGACCUGCAUCACCAUCUCCAGGCCUAUGAUUUUACAAUCCCACAGCUCCUAUGCAUUCUUUCCUGCUCACCAAUGGCGCGCGGCGCACAACCAGGUACCUCCUCGCCGUGAAGCUCGACCUCCGAAGAGCCCGCUACUCAACCCUCCAGCGUCGACUCGGCCGCCGCCACUAGACGUGCCGCAGCGGAGCGCCUCCAAUUCUACAUUGCAGUAUCUCUUCCAGCUAGGAAAGGGCUAUUUGAAAUUUUACAAAGAUGGACUAAAGGCUGUCAUGGCGAACCGCAGGCUGCUUAAGGAGAAGCUUGAGAGGACGCCAGCAGACGACCGCCCGUCCGUAUUCAAGCCUCACUACGUCCCCAAGACCUUCUCCCGCGCGGAUUGGGUCAUGUUGUGGCGCGUGCGGCACGAUAUGCUGCGGCUGCCGCUCUUUGGACUCAUGCUGCUCGUCAUUGGGGAAUUCACCGCCCUGGCAGUCAUCUACGUCGACGGCGUGGUGCCGUACACAUGCCGCAUUCCAAAACAGCUGUACUCGGGCCUGCAAAAGGCCGAGGGCCGGCGCAGGGCUGCCUUUGACGAACUCGAGGCGCAAUACCCCCACGGCGUACUGAGCCCCCGGAUCAGCGCGCCCGUGGCCAGAAAACACGUCCUCAGGAGCUUGCAUCUCUCGGGCAUGAUGUGGGAUCGACUGGGCUUCACGCCCCCGGGGAUGUGGCAGAUCAAGGGCAGACUACGAAUGGCAUUCCUCGAAGGCGACGACAAGAACCUGAUAGAGGACGGGGGCCCGGUGGGUUUGGAGACGGAGGAGCUGAGAAUUGCGUGUGCAGAGCGAGGGAUAGACGUUCUGGGCAAGAGUGAGACGGAGCUGAGGAGCUGGCUGGGGGAUUGGUUGAGGUUGACGGCGGCGGAGGACAUAUCUGAGCGGCGGAGACGCAUGGCCACGUUGUUGUUGACGAGGCCGGAGCAUUGGCCCCAGCAGCGGGACUUUGCCGUUCCUGAUUGGGAAUUAUAA